AUUUGCGAUUAUCUGAUGUAUUAUCGCAAAUUAUACAUAUUGUUAGCUCAAUGUUGUAUUUGUGAUUGUUUAUAUCGAAUAUUUAAAAAAAUAAAAAUAAUUUUUAAAUUUUAAAUAUGCAAUAAAAUUUAUACAAUAUCAUUGAAAGAAUAAUUAAAAUUAUUUAUUUUAUAAAAGCUUUAUGAAAUAGUAAAUGAAAGUGAACUAUUUAAAUGAAAUGUAAACAACCCAUAUUGAAAUAUUUAUGAGGCAAUUAACAAUCAAAGAUAGUCAUUUUAGAAUAUAAAUGAACGGAAUAAAAAAUAUGAAAGAUUGUAGAGUAAAGUUUUGUUAUCGAUAUUGAAUAUGUGGGUGUUUGAUAAAGAAACAUUAGAUUUUUCAUAAUUAUAAUAUAUUUACCAUUAUUUUCGCUUUUUCAUAAUUUAAACAUGUUUUCCAUAAUAUCUAAUUUCCGAAAAAUUUUAGAAGAUAUUAUAGUUGAAUAUAUUGAUGUUGAUUUUACACUUUGGUUAUCAUGGCUUCUAAUGCCACUUUUGAUAACGUUUUUACUUCCUCUUGUAAUUGUGGUAUUAUUAUAUUUAACUGCAUUAAUAUUAUAUGUAUACAAGUUACAUAGAGUUAGAUUAAGAAAUGCAUAUGAAACAGAUUGGAGAAAUGCAGCUCGUAAUGUAGUAGCUGCAGUUUGGGAUGCUCAUGGUUGGAUUUGGUACGGAUAUGAAGUAAUUGGAAUUGAAAAUAUACCACAAAAUGAACCAGUACUUUUUGUGUAUUAUCAUGGAGCUAUUCCUAUAGAUAUUUAUUAUUUUAUAUCUAAAAUAUUACUUUUAAAUUCAAGAUUAAUUCAUACAGUAGCGGAUAGAUUUCUUUUUAAAUGUCCUGGAUGGUCUAUUAUUUCUGAUGUAUUAAAAGUUAUACCUGGUACAGUUCAAACCUGCUCUGCUAUUUUAAAAGAAGGUAAUAUGCUUGCCAUUUCACCUGGUGGUGUAUAUGAAGCUCAAUUUGGAGAUUCUUAUUAUCAAUUAAUGUGGAAAAAACGAGUAGGUUUUGCAAAAGUUGCAUUGGAUGCUAAAGUGUGCAUAAUACCUUUAUUUACAAAAAAUGUUAGAGAAGCAUUUAGAACGAUCAGUUGGGGCAGAAGAAUGUGGUUAAGAAUAUAUGCUGCUACUAGAUUUCCUUUUGUACCUAUCUAUGGUGGUUUUCCUGUAAAAUUGACCACAUAUGUUGGUAAACCAAUUUCAUAUGAUGAAAAUCUUACACCGGAAGAGUUACAAAUAAAGGUUGCUGAUGCACUCAAUAAUUUAAUAAGUCAACAUCAAAGAAUACCUGGAAAUAUAUCAUUAGCUUUAUUAGAAAGAAUAUAUACUCCAAAGAAAGAAGAAUCAUAAUUAGCAUUUACUUGAGUAUUAUAAUAUUGUAUCUUAUACUCUGAAGUAGAAAAGUAUUUAAAAAAUACUAAUUGAAUUCCUUAGAAUUUAUAUCUAUAAUUUAUGGUGCUUACCAUUUAACAUUAACUGAUAAUUAAGAUUCUAUUAAAUUUAAAAUUUAUAUAAGAUAUAUAAAAAGAGUUAAUUUUGCGGCAACGAAACUGUACUUAUUUUUCAAGCGUAUCAAUUUAUCUAUUUUUUAAUUUUUAUAUAAAUAAUAUAUUAUUAUAAUAUAUUUUAUUUUAAUUUAUUUUUAAGGAAGUAUAUAAUGAACAAAUUUAUUUAGAUUUGGAUAUAUUUUUUUAAUAUAUUGAUUUUUUUUAAUAUCUAUAUAUAUUUUAUAAAUUUUAUAUAUUAUAUAUAUUAAAACAUAUAUCUAUAUUAAUAUAAUAUAAUAUUAAAUUUGUAAUUUUAUAUGCAUAAUUGAAAAAAUAGUCUUUUAUUUAAAUAUAUUAUAAAUGUAUUUUUAUUGUAGAGUUCUUAAUGUAAAUGAUUUGUAAAUAUAUUUUUUGUUAUAUAAAUUUGUAAUAUAA